AAAUGGGUUAUUUAGUAACUGGUGAGGCCACUGCUGCUGAGUCAGCCCACAGCUAAUGAACACCCUGGCUGCCCAUUUGAAAUUUAUUGCACCUAUUAAUUACAACCAUUAGCUGCAGCCAGUGAAAUUUUUAUAAUGAGGACCCUUGCGACUUUGCCUUCCUAGCAGCAAAUUAACUGUGUGGGGGGAAGAAUCAAUGGGAUCAGCAUACUUUACAGAAGCGAUGUUUUAAUUAGCGAUUCUCUGCAAACAUGCCAAGCAACAGCUUCUUCGUUCAUUAUCUCUCCUUAAAGGGAUGGUGCUUCUUUUCAGGUCUCCCGGGGGUGCUCCCACGUCUCUCCUGCUCCAGGUGAUGCCCCAGUUCACCUUUGCUUGCUUCUGCGGGCUCCAUGGCUUCUGCAAGAUGAAGAGGAAGAAAGAAGAGUCCAGCGCAGAGCAGGAGACAGCAGUGUGAGGAGCAGACUCGUGUGUGCCCCGCUGAGCCGUGCCUCGAGACCCCAUCCCCUUCCCCUCGGCUUGUCUGGCGAGGGGAGAUCCGAAGCACUGGAAUGACCUUGUCGAGAGGCGGAAGCAGAUGCUGCGGCCAUUAUCCAGGUGCUGCAGCAAUUCUGCCCGGAUCCCCAGCCCGGCUGGGCACUGAGCCCUUGGCACC